AUGAGCACCGAGAAGAAACUUUAUGCUGGAAAGAAAAAGAAGGGGUUGUUCCAUCAUUCUUCUUUUUUGGCUGGUGGAGCUACCUUGGCUGCUGGACGGCUCGAAGCCGAGGAUGGGGUUCUGAAGUCCAUCUCUGCAUAUAGUGGACACUAUCGGCCAACAGACGAAACACUCGACGCGUUCUUAUCAUAUCUCAGGGAAAAUGGUGUCAAUCUUGUUACCUUUCAUGAAUUUUGUGUAGGUAUGCGUAGCUUGGACCAAAUGGUAGUCAAGGAAGGAUCAUGGUCCUAG